AAAUAACAGAAGGACGGACGUUCGGCGCUUUCGGUUCAAGAGUUACGUACAUGUUUUGGUUUGCCCGCCUCUAUCGGGAUGGCGGCCGCCGGCGCCGAGGUGCCCGGUUGCCUAUGGUGUCUGCCACGGCCGCUUGCCGGUGGCGGUAGGCCCGCGGCGCGUGCCGGCAGGCGUUGGGGGCAGCCGUUGCCCGACGGCGGCGCAGGUGGUGCGCGCGCGUGCCUGCAGGGCCUCUCGGCCUCGGAGCUCGAGGUCGUGGCGGAGGCCGCCUCUAUUCUCGCGGGAGUGCAUGUGGCGCGGGUGGAGGACCUGUCCGCCCUGCACAGGGAGGCAAUGCGGGUCCUGCGCCUGGAGCAUCCUGCGGGCUGCGGGGACGCCUCUCCGCUGUCGCCGUCGUCGCGGCUGGCGCGGGCUGCGGAGAUCCUGCCAGACUUGGUCCAGG